UCAUCUCUGCCCCUACUGCGCAGCCGCAGUUUCUCCAGGACGCAGGGAGCAGAAGAGGGAGACAGGAAAAAUGGCCCUCGAUAAUUUAAUUUUCGCCCAGUGCAUCCUUUAUUUUUUAGCCUUCGUGUUCGGUUUCAUCGCCGUGGUGCCUCUGUCCGAGAACACGGAGGAUUUCGGGGGAAAAUGUCUGCUCUUCACGCGGGGUAUGUGGCAAAACGAGAACAUCACUGUGUCGAAGCAGCGCUUCAUCGUGGAGGAGUGGGGACCCGAGUCCUCCUGCAGCUUCAUCACUUUUGUCGGGAUAGCGUCCCUCAUUCUGUCCGCAGUGCAGGCAUGGAGGCUCCUGUUCUUUCUGUGCAAAGGACAUGAUGACUCCAUCUUCAACGCUUUCCUCAACCUGCUGAUCAGCUCCCUGGUGGUAUUCACAGUCUUCCUGUCCAGCACCAUCGUCAGUGUGGGCUUCAACCUGUGGUGCGACGCCAUCACUGAGGGUGGGACCAUGCCUAGCAGCUGUGAGGACCUGCAGGACACAGAUCUAGAGCUUGGCCUGGACAACUCUGCUUUUUAUGACCAGUUUGCUAUAGCUCAGUUUGGCCUGUGGGCUGCUUGGCUUACCUGGCUUGGGAUCGCGGUGAUGGCCUUCCUGAAGGUCUACCACAACUACAGACAAGAGGACCUGCUGGACAGCCUGAUCCACGAGAAGGACCUGCUGCUCGGCCGCUCGUCACGCCACGGCUCUGACCUCAAGACCGGCCUGAUUUAGGAAAAAAAAAAUAAAUAAAUCAGAUGAUGCUCACACACACAGUCAUUCACACUCAACCGUACAGUCCUCUCUCACCUGCCAUGAGAAACACCAAUGUUUGCCUGUGUAGACAAUCAAAAUCAAUUGGCUUUUGCUCCCAUUGACAGUGCAUUGAAUCAAACAGCAGGUUUAUAGCUUUGUUCUCCAUAGAUGAUCGAUUUUCCCUAAAAAAAAAAAAAAAAAUCUACCAGUGGUUGUUAAUUCUUGAAGAGUCCUGCUUUGUUGAGUUUAUCCAUUCACUGUGUGCAUUCCUCUUCAAGUCACACAACCAUGUCUAAGCUUUGAUAGUACUGAAACCAUUUAAUGGAGAUGUACAUCCAGUUUCUAUUUAGCAGCACAGUAUUAAUGGCUUGGACAGAUUGGCCGAUGGAUCAUUGUCUUUGUGAAACUUGUGCAUGGACCUAAUGCAUGACAAAAUUAAUAGGGUGGUUUUUAGAUGUAAAGGGAUGUUCUUUUGUUUUCUACACCAAUAAAUGUGUUCCUAUAGGCUUUUAUUCUGGUAGGAUACGCACUGCGUCUUUGUGAAGUGAGAAUUCUUUGCAUGCUGCAGCAAAGUAAAAUGAUGUGUGCUUUUUGCAGUGUAUUUACACUUUUAACAACAGUUACAUAAAGGUGUUUUAUAAAAAUGACAAAUUGUAGAUCAGAACAUUCAUGGAUCAGGCAGCCAGUCCAAAAAUGCUUUAAGCAAUCUUUGUGAGAUAAAAAGAAAAAAAAAACAAAAA